AUGAUUACAAAGAGACAGGCUUCGUUGGACAUUUCUCAGCCGAGUUUCAAGAGUUCCAAGACUUCUACUAUUCCACAAAUCAACAACAUCAUAAGCACGUCAUUACAUUUUCAAUCUUGGAAAUGGCUUCUUUCCGUGGUGAUACUGAUACUAUUGGCAAGCAGUAGUGAUGCCUCUACGACUGUAAAAAAGACGAUUCCUUUCAAUGGAAUGAUACUAAAGGCAACAUCCCAUUCAGUGUUUUGGAUGCAAGAACGAGUGCAGGCUCCUGGCAGUGUGGACCUUCAGAACAUGACCUUUUCCAUCGUAUUGCCUUUCGACGACGACGAUGGCGGUGAUCACCAAAACCGGAGAAUGGAAUCACUAGUGGUAGGUGACCACUUACAUAGUGAGAGCUCGAGUCCUGAUACUACUACUGCGGCAAGACGAAAGACUCGAAAACGGUCCAUAGACAACAAACAGAAAUCAACCAGCAUCGACCCACCACCAUCCAAUGAAACGAUGGUAGCACCACAACCACCACAACAAGUAAUCGAAACAGUCCUUGUUCCGGUUCCAAAGCACUGUGGGACCAGCAACAACAACCUAUGGGGUAACUUGAAACUUCCUGGCACCAGACCAAAAAAGCAACAACAAAAACAAACAUGUGAUUGGCAACAGCUUGGGAUUGGUAUCAAGAGUAAUCAGCCGUUUUUGCAAGCAAGUGAAGACAUGACAACGGCUCAUCAUUAUUGCUGUUCACAAGCGGCCAUUGAUGAGGGUAUUUGCGAUGCCAAACAACUUGGUCGAUUGCUUCUCAAUUCUCAAUUGAUAGUGGAAGGAAUAAACUAUCAGCAAGUGGUAAUUCCAACAGAGGACACUAACACCUCCUUGUCUUGGCCCAACCUUGACGUUGGAGGCUUUUCAAUCAAUUACACUGGAGACUAUAUUUGGGUCUUGGCCAAUUGCUUGGACGAUGGAGUGGACGUCGUGGUAGAUGGGACCUUGGACUGGAUUUCUGCAAACACCACCAAGGAUGGCAAUCCAAAAAAGACAGGGCUCGAAAAUCUGGUACAUUCCAUCAAACAAGGCCCACAAUCCAAGAAACCGACCUUUCCAGAGGAUGGUCUUGUGCAGAUUGUGUACUUUGUUAUAAUGAGUACACUGUAUGGGAUAUUGGGCAUGGUUUGGUGGUUAAGACGGCGGUGGCAGAUCGAAAACCACCACGGCAUUGCUAUUCUGCUCGCUGCUGUUGCCAGUCUUCAACUUGCAUUGGCUUCCUUGGAUUUGUACGUUUGGGGCGGUCGAUCAGGAUCCUUGGACUUGUGGGUAUGGGAUGGUCCAGAACGGGAUGAAGUCUUACGACACUCUGCUCUGGUGCUAGGCGCCUUCAAAGCAGGAAUGAUUCGCUGGCUGGUACUGCUUCAGUUUGUUUCCCUUCCAAUCAGAACCCUUGGCAAUGAGAAUCAACGACACGGCCAACGAUGUACUCAACUAUGGGUGACGGCAUUAUGCGUGAUAUUCACGAUCAAUUGCAUAAUAUGGGGCAUCGUGUCGGCCAUGGCAAAGGACAACUUACAAAAUAUAAAAAUGCUGAUGCAUGGUGAAGAGAAACUCUGGCUGAAAGCCACGGCCGUCACGUCUGCAAUUGCCCUCCUUCUCGAUGUAUGGGCCUAUUUGUGGUCUUGCGUUCGAUUCAUUCAACGAUUCUGUAGAGUUGGGCAACGAUCGACAAUCACAAAAUCUAGCUGGGUGAUUCUUCUUUUGGUUACGGCUCAUGGAAUCUUUCUGAUUUACACCAUGGUCGAUGAUUGGAAAAUUAAUCGAAAGAUAGCUGCCUUGUUUGUCUGGGAUCAAGGGAACAUUCGAAUUCUCACUGAAGGGAGCUAUUUCAUUGUAACGAGUUGUCUUGAGAGCCGAACAGGCAAUCGGACGUCGAUAGCAGCAUGUCAUACACACACCAGGGAGGAUCAGAGCGACGACUGCAACGGCAGUACUCACAGGGCUAGUGGAAAGGCAGCUAGAGAGGUAGAAAUGGCGCCUUUGAUUGCGUAA